GCUGUGUAUACUGGGGCUAUGGUCGCGGCCACUUUGAGAUUCUCGAAUUCGCUUGAGCUCAUGCUGCGCCAACUCGCCCGUCGCAUCCCGUCGUCUGUCCGUGGCAUGGCCACGUUCGACCGCACCAAGCCCCAUCUCAACGUGGGCACGAUCGGCCACGUCGAUCACGGCAAGACGACGCUCACGGCGGCCAUCACGCGCGUGCUCUCGGAGCAGGGUGGCGGCAAGUUCAUUGCCUUUGAGGAUAUUGACAAGGCGCCCGAGGAGCGCGCUCGUGGUAUCACGAUCUCGACGUCGCACGUCGAGUACGAGACGGACAAGCGCCACUACGCCCACGUCGACUGCCCCGGUCACGCCGAUUACGUCAAGAACAUGAUCACGGGCGCUGCGCAGAUGGACGGCGGCAUCUUGGUCGUCUCGGCCACGGAUGGCCCGAUGCCCCAGACGCGCGAGCACAUCCUUUUGGCCCGCCAGGUCGGUGUCCCCGCCCUUGUCGUCUUCCUGAACAAGGUCGACAUGGUCGAUGACGAGGAACUGCUCGAGCUUGUCGAGAUGGAAAUCCGUGAGCUCCUCGACGUCUAUGACUUCCCUGGCGACGACAUCCCGAUCGUCCGUGGUUCGGCCCUCGCUGCCGUUGAAGGCCGUGACCACAACCUCGGCCGUGACGCUGUCCUUGAGCUCAUGAACCAGGUCGACGAGUACAUCCCGGACCCGACGCGUGACUUUGAGAAGCCGUUCUUGCUCCCGGUCGAAGAUGUGUUUUCGAUCUCGGGCCGUGGUACGGUCGUGUCGGGCCGUGUCGAGACGGGUGUCAUCAACACGGGUGACGAAGUCGAGCUUGUCGGUAUCCGUGACGUGCCCACGAAGACGACGUGCACGGGUGUCGAGAUGUUCCGCAAGUCGCUUGACCGCGGCCAGGCCGGCGACAACGUCGGUGUCCUCCUCCGUGGCUUGAAGCGCGACGACGUCUUGCGUGGCCAGGUGCUCUGCAAGCCCGGUUCGAUCUCGCCCCACACCAAGGUCGAGGCCGGUGUGUACGUACUUAAGAAGGAAGAGGGUGGCCGCCACACGCCGUUCUUCACCAACUACCGCCCGCAGUUCUUCUUCCGCACGGCCGAUAUUACCGGCAACAUUGUGCUCCCGGAAGGCACCGAGAUGGUCAUGCCCGGCGAUAACCCGACGCUCCGCAUCGAGCUCAUCCACCCCGUCGCCAUUGACGAAGGCAUGAAGUUCUCGAUCCGCGAAGGCGGCCGCACGAUCGGCGCCGGCGUCGUCUCCAAGAUCAUCGAGUAAGCGGCGACUGCGUAAUAUAGGACCAAUCUUAGGUGGGUUAACACGAUGAAUAUGUCUCCUCACAUCUCUGCAAC